AUGGCUUGUAUUUGUGAUACUGUGAUCAGAUUACUUCUGACACCAUGUUGUAUACGAAAUGAGGUCAUCCAUGAACUUACUAAGGCAAGGAACACAUCCCUGUACCUUUCUAUCACACUGAAAAAUAACAUGACGUUAUAUGAAUUAUACAACCAAUUUUCUGUUGAGGAUGAAACCAAUAGGUACCAACUCUUUCUCGGAGGGCCAGUAACCGGAACGUUAGGCGACAGUAUGUUACACAGUCAACAAAGCUAUUAUGAACUGUCAGGAAUGUACUUCAGCACCAUUGACAGAGACAACGAUCAGGCCCCGGGUCACUGCGCUGUUAACAGAGACGGCGGGUGGUGGUUCAAUUACUGCGCUGAUGCCUUCCUUAACGGACCCUGGUAUCCCGAGUACUGGCACCGGCCGUGGAAUCCUACACUUACUGAUGGAAAACAGAUAAAGGAAACUCUUAUGAUGAUAAAGCCUCAUUAG